UCAGGCCCUAGAGCUCUUCUUCUCUCUUCCUCUUCCUCUAUAUCAAUCUUCCAGUUGGUCCGUCCGGUCCGAAGUGCUCUCUCUCUCUCUCUCUCUCGAUCGAGUAUACUCGGCACCAUUCGGCUUCUAAGUCCGAGCGUUAGGGUUUUUACAUAUAGCAUUUCCCGCUUAGUAAACCAUAACCGUUGGUAAAAACCAGGGGGAUCUCGCGGUGAAGGAGAGGGAGAAACAGAAGCUAUCUUCGUCUUCUAUUCUUCUUCUCUUUCCUUCACCAUGUCGGGACGCCCUGCCAAGCGACUCAAACUACCACCCGAACCGUGCGAUACGAGAGGGGAAGACGAUUAUUUGCCUGGCAACAUAACGGAGAUCGUGAUACACAACUUCAUGACGUAUGAUCACCUUGUAUGCAAGCCUGGAUCCCGUCUCAACCUCGUAAUUGGCCCUAACGGAUCUGGGAAGAGCUCUCUAGUGUGCGCCGUUGCUUUGGGUCUUGCCGGAGAGCCGCAGCUUCUUGGAAGGGCUUCGAGUGUAGGGGCUUUUGUGAAGCGGGGUGAGGAAUCCGGUUAUAUAAAGAUUGCUUUGAGGGGCUUUACCUUGGAGGAAAAUAUUACAAUUUUGAGGAAGAUUGAUAUUAACAACAAGUCUGAGUGGACUCUCAAUGGUGCUGUGGUGCCCAAAAAAAAUGUUAUUGAGGUUAUUCAAAAGUUCAAUAUUCAAGUCAAUAAUUUGACUCAAUUCUUACCUCAAGAUCGAGUAUGCGAGUUUGCUAAGUUAACUCCUAUACAACUGCUGCAAGAAACUGAAAAAGCUGUCGGUGAUCCUCAAUUACCAGUUCAACAUCAGAAACUUAUUGAUAAAAGGAGAGAAUUGAAGGAUCUUGAAGUGAGUGUUGCCAGAAAUAAGGACACGUUGAAUCAGCUGAAAGCCCUUAAUGCGCAGCAAGAAAAGGACGUGGAGCGUGUCCGUCAAAGAGAAAAAAUUUUGUCCAAGGUUGAAACUCUGAAAAAGAAAUUGCCUUGGCUUAAGUAUGAUAUGAGAAAGGCGGUCUACAAGCAUGCACAGAAUCAAGAGGCAGAAGCAAAGAGAAAACUGGACGAAGCUGCUAAAAUGAUGAAUGAACUUAAGAAACCCAUUGAGAAACAUAAGAUGGAAAAAGCAGCGCAAGAAUCAAUUGUCAAGAAAAUUAAUGAUCAAAUAACCAGGAAUUCAAAGAAAAGGAUGGAUUCAAUAGAGAUGGAGAGCAGAAUGGGGGCCCAAGUGCGAGCCAAAUAUGAAGAAGUAGAAGAUUUAAAAAAACAGGAGAAAUCCCAUCAGCAUAGGAUUCUGAAAGCCAAGGAAGAUUUUGCAGCUGCUCAAAGGCAACUUGCUGAACUUCCAGCCUACAAUCCUCCUAAAGAAGAGCUGGAAAAGCUUGGUUAUCAAAUAUUGGAGCUGGAAAUGAAUGCAAAUCAAAUUAAAUUGCAACGGACCGAGAAGGGAAAUUUUCUUAAUCAGAAGAAAAUGUCCUUGAAGAAGUGCACGGACAGGUUGAAGGAGAUGGACAAUGAAAGCACCAAACUUCUUCAAGCAUUAAAAAAUUCUGGUGUUGAUAAAAUAUUUGAGGCUUAUAAUUGGCUGCAAGAAAAUCGUCAUCAGUUGAAGAAAGAGGUAUAUGGUCCUGUCCUUUUGGAGGUUAAAGUUUCCAAUGGAGUUCAUGCUACCUAUUUAGAGAAUCAUGUACCUAAUUAUAUUUGGAAGUCUUUUGUUACGCAGGAUUCCUCUGAUAGAGAUUUCUUGGUUCAUAACCUGAAACAGUACGAUGUCCCCAUUUUAAAUUAUGUUGGUGGAAGAGAUGCUAACAGAUCACAGUUUCAAAUAACCCGGGAGAUGAGAGAGCUUGGCAUUUGUUCCCGUCUUGAUCAAGUUUUUAGCUCUCCUCAUGCUGUAAAGGAUGUCUUGAUCAGCCAAGCUGCAUUAGACCAUUCGUACAUUGGUGACCAUGAAACUGAUAAGAGAGCUGAUGAAGUAUCAAGGUUAAAAAUAUCUGAUCUCUGGACCCCAGAAAGUCAUUAUCGAUGGUCUGUUUCCAGAUAUGGUGGCCAUGUUUCAGCUAUUGUGGAGCCAGUCCGCUCUGCUCGCCUUUUUAUGCAAAGUGUGGAUACCGGUGACAUGGAAAGUCUAAAGUCCCAAAAAUUCGAAAUUGAAUCUGACAUUAUUAGUAUUGAGGAAAGCCUUAAAGUUCUUCAAGCUGAGCAGAGACAGCUGGAGGAUGAAGCUGCUAAAUUACAUCGUCAACGGGAGGAGAUUAUUCAUAAUGUAAAUCUUGAGAAAAAGAAAUUCCGUGAAAUGGAAAAUUGCGUGGAUCAAAAGAGAAGGAAAUUGGAAUCUCUAAGUAAAGAGGAAGAUGUAGAGUCUAAUGUUAGGAAGCUUGUUGAUCAGGCUUUUCAACUUGACGAAAAGAGGUUUGGACUGGCUAAUGAGAUCAAGGAUUUUCUUGUUGAAGCCAUUGCUUUAAGACGGAGCUUGGCGGAGAAACAAAUGACUUACAUUGAACUUGAUGCUAAGUUAUUUGACAAUCACGCUGGUUUCUAUUAUUUUUGGUUAGGUAAGGAAGGAACUGAACGUUGUAGAAAGGAUCUUCUUGAUGCAAAGCACCUUGCAGAAUCAAUAGCCAUCAUCACUCCUGAUCUUGCAAAGGAAUUUAAUGAUAUGCCUGCUACGGUAGAGGAACUGGAAGCUGCGAUUCAAGAUGGAAUUUCUGAAGCAAAUUCUAUCUUAUUCCUUAACCAAAACAUUCUUCAGGAGUAUGAAAGUCGUCAACAAAAGAUAAAUAGCAUAGCAACAAAACUUGAAACAGAUGAAGAAGCCCUAAGCAGUUGUGUCUCUGAAAUAAGUGUUAUAAGGGAUCAGUGGCUGCCAACAUUGCGAAACCUUGUUGGGAAGAUUAAUGAGACUUUCAGUCGCAAUUUUCGAGAGAUGGCAGUUGCUGGAGAAGUUUGUUUGGAUGAGCAUGAUGUGGAUUAUGAUAAGUACGGCAUACUUAUUAAAGUCAAAUUCAGGCAAACAGGGCAGCUCCAGGUUUUGAGCGCACAUCAUCAAUCUGGAGGGGAACGCUCGGUUUCAACUAUUCUCUAUCUUGUUUCUCUACAAGAUAUCACAAACUGUCCUUUCCGUGUUGUUGAUGAAAUUAAUCAAGGAAUGGACCCUAUAAACGAAAGGAAAAUGUUUCAGCAACUUGUGAGAGCUGCCAGUCUACAUAAUACACCCCAGUGCUUCUUGUUGACACCAAAAUUGCUUCCUGAUCUUGAGUACAGUGAUGCCUGCAGCAUUCUGAACAUCAUGAAUGGUCCUUGGAUUGAGAGGCCAUCUGAAGUUUGGAGCGGCGGUGAAUGCUGGAGAAAGGUUGUAGGCUCGGUAUAAGAUGCAGAUUUUGAUAGCUUGGAAGUUAAUGAUGGCCAAGCGAAGCAGGUUAUAAAAUCCUGACACAAUUUCUAGCCUGAAUAAUGUAUGUUUUCAGCAACCAGUACACAUAAUUAUUAUUUUUUUCUAAUCUAUGCCUCUUGAUCUUGAUAUAAAGAUAUGCUAGUCUUAAUAGAUCUCUAAUCUUGUUAAUUAUGUUAGUUAUAUGAUGAUUAUGGCUCUUGCAUUGCAUUUAUAAUGCAGUUGCUCUUGCUAAUUUUAUGGAAUAUUUUGAAGUCAGUUUGAGUCUUUUUUCCAUUGUAUAAAGCUGAACGCAAUUGUAUCAUAAAAUAGAUUAAUUACUUGGAUAGACUGUAUAAAGUCUAUAGAGUAGAUUAUUAUACCCAUUUGUUAUCUAAUUAUUUCAACUAUGUUCUCCA